GUCGAAAAGCAAGUACGCAGCCCCAAUGAGAGCAGCGAAGGCGCUCCUGUUGUUGCUCGCCAUGCUUGUCGCCAUGGCGACAACACUUGCACGCCCACAUCAUUGGACGCCGGAUACGUAUCCAAAUCCUCACAAAACUCCUGGAGCCUGCCAACGGCAAAACCAGACGGGUUGGGUGUGUGAUCCGGACAAAGUUCUGUCCUUCGAAAGCGCCAAUGCCGUCGACGCGCUCCUGCGGCGGGUAGCAACCGGCGCCAAGCCUUUCACACAGGCAGCAUGCGGAUCCUCAGGACUCGAGGGCUUCCCGCUCGCGGUCGCGCUCAUGCAUCGCAUGUACACCACACCCGAC